GGGGGGCUGGCUGCAGCCGGGCCCCCAGCCUGCGAGGGGCAGGAGCGGCUCUGCGCGGAGACACCCGGGGGGCAGGGGCGGGUGUCCCGUCGGCAGGGCGGCGAGAGCCCCGGCCCCGCGGGGAGGCCUCUCCGGGAGACGCGGCGGCUGCGCUGGAGCCCGGGGGGGGCGGCGUCCCGGGGCGGCCCCGCUGCAGCCGGAGGAGCAGGACGGGGGGGGGUCCAGGCAGGAGCUGCGGGGGCAGGAAGAGUCCCCGGUGCGGUCCCAGCUGGGAGCGGGGCGUCCCCGCGGCGGUCCCCACCAGGCCAGCAAAGCCGCAGCUGCAGGAGCGGGUCGAGCGCGGGGAGCCGCGGGGCAGGAGGUGAUGCAGACCGUGCAGCCCCUCCUCAGGCCGAGAUCCCCUCAGCACCCCCCAGCUGGCACCGGGGCACGACCCCCACCCCACAGACCUGGCGUCACUGCCCCGGGGCCCUGCUCCCUGGCAGCCAAGGGGCUGCGGCGGUCCCACGGGAGGCUGGAGCGCCAUUGCCACAGCAAGGAGCAGGAGCUGGAGCUGGCGGUGCUGGAGCCGUUCCUGGCCGUGCUGCCCCGGGGACGCAGAGCUGGGCGUGGGGGCGAGCGUGCACACCUGCGCCGAGGCCGUGCCCUGGCCGAGGGGUUUCAGGCGGGGCAGGAGCAGGACGAGAAGCCCCAAGUCGCAGUGAGUGUGCAGGUCAAGGAGGUGUCCUCACACAAGAUGCUAUCCACGGCGGCACUGCAGGACACUGGCGAUUGCUGUCCGGAGGAACCAACAGCCCAUCGUGCGGACAGGCCUGCGGCAGAGUCAGGAGAGAGGGAAACCGCAGCGCCUCCUGUCCCCAGAGAGGAGCCCCUGCCCCCCCAGGACUCAGGUUCCCCCGAAACCGAGGAGACCUGGGAGCUCUCAGCAGACAAAAGCUCCUCCAGCUGGUGCCCCAGGCCAGGCCCUUCCCCAAGAGCAGGUGCUGGGACCCUGAGCAGCGCUGAGCAGAAACCUCCUGGAGCAGAGCCUGUGAAGCUGGAUCUGCAGAGGACUUGCCCAGGGGGACUGGAGGAGAGGGGCUCUCUGACACCUGAGCCGGGCCCAGUGCAGGAGGGGCAGGGCAGGCCUCCAAAGCAGGGGCAGAGCCUGGAGCUCCAGGAGGUGUUUGAGGCCGUGGCAGUGUAUUUCACGCGGGAGGAGUGGGAGCUGCUGGAAGAUGAAGACAAGGUGCUUUACCAGGAGCAGAUGCUGAAGAAUUACCAAGCCCUCCUUUCCCUGGGAUAUCGAGGUCCCACACCUGCCUUAAUCUGCAGCAUCCAGCAAGGCCAGGGGCAGCUCUGGGGCUGCGAUGAUGAGAGCCGUGGGAAAAUCUCCAGAUCAGAGGAGCGGCUGCCGGGAGGUGCCUGGAUGCUGAGCAGAGCCGGGGAGCAGACUCCUGAGGAAGGGCCUGAAGACCUGGAGCCACCAUGGACUUCCCCAGGGCAUUUGGGAGAGAUGGGCUCCCUGAGAAUCGAGAAAGAGCAAUGGCUAAAGAGUCCAGGGAGGCUCCAAAAGGAGAAGCAGAAUGUAGCAGUGAACCAGGUACCAUCUCCAGCUGGGCGUGAGAGUGGAGGAGGGAGUGGAGACCCCAGAAACAGCCCUGAGUCCAGGGAAGAAUUUGUGGAGCUGAGAGAUGUAAAGAGCCACUGGAAAGAGGCACUGCAUCCAAGCCAAGGCAGUGGGGAGGGUCUCAGAGGAAAGCAGGAGCUUGCUGCCAUUCAAAGAGGCAGAACCCACCUCUUCCGUGAAGUCAGGAAAACCCUUAACCGCCCAUCUCUCCUGGCUCUUCAAAAGAUAAGGCACACUGGGAAGAAGCUCCACACAUGCACCAAGUGUGGGAAGAGCUUCAACCGAUCCUCCAACCUGACCCAGCACCGGUUCAUCCACAUGAGGGCAAAGCCACAUUCGUGCUCACAGUGUGGGAAGAGGUUCCACCGGUCCUCCUACCUGACCAAACACCGCCUCGUCCAUACACGAGAGAAGCCACAUCAGUGCUUGGAGUGUGGGAAAAGCUUCAGCCGAUCCUCCCACCUGACUGAACACCGACUCAUCCACACCGGGGAGAAGCCACAUCAGUGCUUAGAGUGUGGGAAGCGGUUUUACCUGUCCUCCUACCUGACCAAGCACCAGCACAUCCACAAAGGGGAGAAGCCACAUCGGUGCUCGGACUGUGGGAAGAGCUUCAGCCGAUCCUCCAACCUGACACGACACCGCCUCAUCCACACGGGGGAGAAGCCACAUCGGUGCUUGGAGUGUGGGAAGAGCUUCCGACAGCUGUCUGACCUAACCCGGCACCAACUUAUUCACACACGGGAGAAGACACAUCGGUGCUUGGAGUGUGGGAUGAGCUUCACCCGAUCCUCCACCCUGACCAGGCACCACCUCAUCCAUACAAGAAAGAAGCUACACCAGUGUUUGGAGUGUGGGAAAAGCUUCACCCAAUCCUCCAACCUGGCCAAACACCGCCUCAUUCACACAGGGGAGAAGCCACAUCAGUGCUCGGACUGUGGGAAGAGCUUCCGACAGCUGUCUAACCUAACCGAGCACCAACGUAUUCACACAGGGGAGAAGCCACAUAAGUGCAUGGAGUGUGGGAAAAGCUUCACGCGAUCCUCCCACCUGACUCAACACCAGCUUAUCCACACAGGGGAGAAACCACAUCAGUGCUUGGAGUGUGGGAAGAGGUUCUACCUGUCCUCCUACCUGACCAAACACCAGCGCAUCCACACGGGGGAGAAGCCAUAUCAGUGCUCAGAGUGUGGGAAGAGCUUUACCCAAUCCUCCAACCUCACCCAACACCGCCUCAUCCACACACGGGAGAAGCCACAUCGGUGCUCGGAGUGUGGGAAAAGCUUCACCCAAUCCUCUAGCCUGACCAAACAUCAACUUAUCCACAUAGGGGAAAAGCCACAUCAGUGUCAGUGUGGGAAGAGCUUCAGACAGCUCAGCAGCCUGACCCAUCACCAGCUUAUUCCCGUGCAAGAGAAGCCACAUCAGUGCUUGGAGUGUGGGAAGAGCUUCACCCUAUCCUCCACCCUGACCAAACACCAUCGCAUCCACACAGGGUAGAAGACACAUCAAUGUUCAGAGUGUGGGAAGAGCUUUACCCAGUUUUCCCACCUGGUCCAGCACUAGGUCAUCCACACAAAGGAGAAGCUGUAUUGAUGCC